UAAAUGUUGGGAAAGUCCCUCUUCUGAAAUGAAUUAUUUGUGAAGGUUGUAUUAAUGUUUUUUAACAUUUACCAUUAAUUCACCAGAACUAUGGAAAUCAUGUACCAGCAACUCUUCAUGCCUUCCUUCACUCUACAUGAGAUUAACAGGAAUCCCAAACUGUUGCCCAACAUUACCCUGGGAUACCAUAUGUACAACUCCUAUUCCACUGAAGAAAGGACCUUGGAGAACUACCUGUGGUGGCUGUCUGGAACAGACCAGAUCAUCCCUAAUUACAACUGCGGAAAGGGAGGAAAGGUUGUGGCUGUCAUUGGAGGAGCCACGUCAGCUCUGUCUGUUCAGAUGGGGACCCUGCUUGACCUCUACCAUUUACCCCAGAUUACUUAUGGUCCUUUUGAUCCCAGUCUUGCUGACAAAGUCCAGUUUCCUUCCCUCUAUCAGAUGGCCCGCAAAUCCUCUUCUGUUCACCGAGCAAUUGUCCGCUUAUUGGUCUAUUUUCAAUGGAACUGGAUAGGCCUGAUUGUCUUUGAUGAUAUGAGAGGUGAGGAAUUCCUCAGGGCAAUGAGAGAGGAAAUGAAGAAUACAGUUUGUAUGUCCUUCACAGAGAAGAUCCCUCUCAGUGACAGAAAAACUAGGAAGACCUCUGAGGCCUUCAAGUCCAGGAUCCUAAUUUCAGAAGUCAAAGUCAUUGUCAUCCAUGCUGACACAGAUUCAUUUACGAUUAUGAGAAACUCAUCAAGAUUCUUAUUUCCAACCAAGAAGGUAUGGAUUGCCACAUUUCAUUCAGACACUACAACAAGAGCCUUGUACCAUUAUGGUUUUACUUUCCAUGCUUCUCUCUUCUUUUCACACUUGAUUACUCCAAUACCUGGGUUUGAGAGUUUUAUCUCAAAUUAUGUAUCUUCUUUAAAAAAGAGGUUUCUUCUUCUUAAAGAAUAUAGGCCAUCACCUUUGAAAUGCUCAGAUCAACCAGAUAUCCCAGAGCAAGAUUUAUAUUUAUCAAAUGUCUCCAUGGAACAUUUACCUUUUUACCCUGUGGAAAUGCCAACAUCCACCUUGAGUUACAACAUCUAUAAUGCUUUUUAUGCUGUGGCAUGGGCUCUCCAUGAAAUAAUGAUGAAAAGAUCCCUGGGAAAUGAAGAAUCUGCAUUGCCUCAUCCAUGGCAGGUAACAUGGAAAGUGGGGUGCCUUUUUAGUGAUGAUUUUUUGAGUAUGUAUUUUAGCAAGAAUUGGGACACGGGAGACAUUGAAGACUUUGCAAUUUCUAAAAUGAUUCUGAUUGUAUAUUCCUCAAUGAUUUUAUUGUUGGUUUCCUAUAUUUGUCAAAUUCUGCACUCCUACCUCAAGAACAUCCAAUUUGAGAAUAUUGUUGGUGAGCAGGUGUUUGUGGAUGAGAACAGACGCACAGAAGCUCACUAUGCCCUUAUGAACUACAUAUACUUUGAUUAUGAUAAUGGUCAUGUUCUCUACGUGGGGGACUUUAUCCCAGAAGCUCAGCUCGAUGCAGAGCAGUGUAAGAAGUGCCCAGAGGAUGAAUAUCCCAAUGAGCAGAGAGAUCACUGCCUCCCCAAGAUGGUAACCUUCUUGGCUGUGAAUGAACCCUGGGGAAAGGCAGUGACAGCUGUAGCUGUUUCACUCUCAUUGCUCACUGCCCUGGUUCUGUGGGUCUUUGUGAAGUUCCAAGACACUCCUAUAGUCCAAGCCAAUAACAGGAACCUCAGCUACCUGCUCCUCACCUCCCUUUCCUUCUGCUUCCUCUGCUCCUUGCUCUUCGUGGGCCGUCCCACCACUGCUUCCUGCCUUUUCCGACAAACAGUAUUUGCAGUUUUGUUCACAGUGGCUAUUUCCUCCAUUCUGGCCAAAACCAUCAUAGUAGUUCUGGCUUUCAGGGUUACAAGGCCAGGGAGCAGGAUGGGGAUGUUCCUUCAUCCCAGAGUGCCCUACUGUGUGGUUCUCAUCUGCUCCGGAAUCCAAGGGCUUUUCUGUGCCAUCUGGUUGGGGACCCAUCCCCCCUUUCCAGAGGCAGACACACGCUCUGAAUCCAGGUACAUCAUCCUCACAUGUAACAAGGGCUCCGCCUUUGCAUUUUACUGUGUCCUGGGCUACAUGGGCUUUCUGGCCCUGGGCAGCUUCACCAUAGCCUUCCUGGCCAGGAACCUGCCCGAUGCCUUCAACGAAGCCAAGUUCAUCACGUUCACCAUGCUGGUGUUUUGCAGCGUCUGGGUCUCUUUCCUCCCCACAUAUCAGAGCUCCAAAGGGAAAGCCGUGAUGAUCGUUGAAAUCUUCUCCAUCUUGGCCUCCAGUGCCGGUGGGAGCAGCAUCCAUACUGGCACUCAACUAGACAGGGACCUGAAUGCCAUUGCAAAGGAGAGUGACCUGUUGGUGAGCUCAGGGAUUAAGUGUGACCUGGAGAUCAGAGCCCGGGCUGCUGUAGAGAUGGGUCGUGGCUGGUGCAGAAAAGUCCCUCCUCAGUCCCUGACUCAAGCAGCUGACUCGGCCGUAGCAUGA